GUUUGCGCAUAUUCAAGCCAAUCGGUUGGCUCCGCUCGAUUCCUCCCACAAAACUUUACGGAUUACGCUGGAGGACGCUUCAAUUAAAAACUGCGGAAUUCGAAUGAAGAUACCCUGGAAGUGAUAUUAUUCUGACCGACACUGUAAAUCAAUACAUGUUCGUGCCCAUCUAGAUACGAUCUCUUGGUGGCUGUUGAACUCAAGAGAAUCCACUUGAACCAUGGCAAAAGUGCCGAUCACGCUGAUGAUCAUUGCGCUCGUCUCCGCCUCUCCGGACCUGGGAUGCGAUUUUGGCCAUCACCGCUGCUACAUUGAUGUCACUGCGGAAAACAGUCCGCGUCAGCAGCACCUCCUCUCCGACAUGGACAUCACGUUGCAGUGCAGCCGACCCCUGGCCAAGUGGUACUAUCAGGAUAGAUUUCAACUCAGGGCGCCCGUCUUGCGCCUGGAAAGAGCCCAGUCCGGGAAUUCAGGCAACUAUGGCUGCCUGGAUGGCCAGAAACGAUGGUACAACAUCUCCCUCCUUGUGGGCCACAAAGAGGCGGUUGGCAAUGACAUAGCCAGCUUUGCCCAGGUGGAAGCUGCACCGGCAAUCCCCGAGGCGGAUCUCUUCUUUCAGCCCUUGAAUGAAAGCCGCACCCUAAAGCUGUUACAACCUCUUCCCAAGACCGUCCAAAAAACGGCUGGUGGUCUCUUCCAGCUGAGCUGCAGUCCCUCGGACCCGGAGGCAACCGGUGUGAAUAUAUCCUGGCUACACAAUGAUACGCAAAUCCUGGGUGGUCGUGGCCGAAUUAAGAUCAAGAGGUGGACACUGACUGUGGGACAAGUGCAACCAGAGGAUGCCGGGAGCUAUCACUGUGAGCUGUGUGUGGAGCAGAACUGCCAGCGGAGUAAUCCCACCCAGUUGGAGGUGGUAAGCAGGAGUCACACAGUGCCCGUGCUAAAACCGGGAUAUCCGCGCAAUGCCAGUAUUGCCCUAGAGGAUAACGUAAGCAUUGAGUGUCUCCUGGAGGAUUCCACCCUGGAGCCGAAGAUCACGUGGCUGCACAAGGAGACAAAGGACAACAUCGACGGUGUUCUACAGCAGCUGAGAGAGCAGCCCCAGCUACCUGCAGACCUCACCCGCCUGAUAACCCGAAUGGACGAGCCACAGGUGCUGCGUCUGGGAAAUGUCCUCAUGGAGGAUGGCGGCUGGUACAUCUGCAUUGCCGAGAACCAGGUCGGGCGCACGGUGGCGGCUGCCUAUUUGGAUCUGUACAGCCCUUUGGAAACCACCUCGGAUCGCGGAACCACUAGCACCACACCAAGUACUCCCACACCCACUCCAUCCAACGGAGAAGACAACGAUGAGGAGGUUGAUAGUGCGGAUACUCCUGUCGGUGAGGGUCCGCCCGUGUUCAGAAAAGAACUGAGACGAUUGCAGCACUCGUUGUCUGGAAAUACCGUGACCUUGGCCUGUCCGGUGUCCGGCAGGGCGAACAUCACGUGGACCAAAGACAAUAAACCUUUAAACCGCGAGCUUGGCGUUUAUGUCGCCAAGAACUGGUCACUGCGUUUCGUGGAGGCCACCAGCGAGGAUUCGGGGAAAUACACCUGCAACGUGUGCAACGCUUGGGGCUGCAUUCAGUUUGACUUCAGCGUUCAGAUAAACGAUCGCACCAGAUCCGCACCCAUAAUCGUGGUGCCACAGAACCAGACUGUGAAAGUAAAUGGCAGCUUGGUGAUGAAGUGCACCGUCUACUCCGAUCUGCAUCCCACAGUCAGCUGGAACAGGGUUGUCCUUAGGAACGCCUCGCUGGACGGGCUGGGGUCUGUACAGAUCCAACGUCUCAACUUUACCAUGAUAAACGACUCCGUGGUGUUGGAGCUGCGCAAUGUGACCUACAGCCAGGAGGGCUGGUACACUUGUCUGGCGUCUAGUGGUCUCGGCAGGAGCAACUCCAGUGUGUACCUGAGAGUAGUUAGUCCUCUGCCGCCCUUGGAGAUCUACGCCCUGGUCCACGCCCAUCCGCUUGGGUUUACGCUAGCUGCCAUUACAAUUGUGGCUCUGUUCCUCUUGGGCAGUGCUUUCAUAACCUUCAUGAUGCGCCGGCUGAGGCGGGAGAAGCUCUUGAAACUCCGCAUCGAAACAGUUCAUCAGUGGACUAAGAAGGUAAUCAUCUACCGUCCAGGUGGAGACGAAGGAAGUGGCUGCAGCUCGGGUGAUCUGCAAAUGCCGGUGAUUAGGAUAGAAAAGCAGAGGACCACAGUUUCCACAACUGGAACGGGCGGUGCUGAUCCCGCCCAGGGAUUCAAUGAGUACGAGUUUCCGCUGGACUCCAACUGGGAGAUUCCCAGGCAGCAGCUCAACCUGGGUUCCAUCCUGGGCGAGGGCGCCUUCGGACGAGUGGUAAUGGCGGAGGCGGACGGGCUGCCCAGAAGUCCACAGCUGGCCGAAACCAUUGUGGCCGUCAAGAUGGUCAAGGAGGAGCACACGGACACGGACAUGGCCAGCUUGGUGCGUGAGAUGGAGGUAAUGAAGAUGAUCGGCAAGCACAUCAACAUCAUCAACCUGCUGGGCUGCUGCAGCCAGGGUGGACCGCUGUGGGUCAUAGUGGAGUUUGCUCCGCACGGAAACCUCAAGGAUUUCCUCAAGCAGAACCGGCCAGGUGCACCGCAGCGACGUAGUGACAGUGAUGGCUAUCUGGACGACAAGCCACUGAUUCCAGCACAGCAUCUCGGCGAGAAGGAGCUCACCAAGUUCGCCUUUCAAAUAGCUCGCGGAAUGGAGUACCUCGCCUCAAGACGGUGCAUCCAUCGCGAUUUGGCGGCCCGCAACGUCCUUGUCAGCGAUGGCUACGUGAUGAAGAUAGCCGACUUUGGCCUGGCGAGGGACAUCCAGGAUACGGAGUACUAUCGGAAGAACACCAACGGACGGCUGCCCAUUAAGUGGAUGGCGCCCGAGUCGCUGCAGGAGAAGAAGUACGACUCGCAGAGCGACGUCUGGAGCUACGGUGUUCUGCUGUGGGAGAUCAUGACCUACGGAGAUCAGCCGUACCCUCAAAUCCUCUCUGCCGAGGAGCUCUACAGCUACCUGAUCACGGGUCAGCGCAUGGAGAAGCCGGCCAAGUGCUCCCUAAACAUCUAUGUGGUAAUGCGACAGUGCUGGCACUUCGAGUCCUGUGCACGUCCCACGUUCACGGAGCUGGUGGAGAGUUUCGACGGGAUCCUGCAGCAGGCGAGCAGCAACCCGAACGACGCCUAUCUGGACCUUUCAAUGCCCAUGCUGGAGACGCCGCCCUCAUCGGGGGAUGAGGACGAUGGCUCCGACACCGAAACAUUCCGUGAGACAUCUCCGCUCAGAUACCAGUACACCUAUAAGUUUAAUUAGUCGCUAGUCUUAGGAAAGAUGAAAGAAUUCCAACGAGUCAAUCAGAUCCCAUAAAAGCUUCGCUAACCACCACUCCAUUGCCUUUCACCCCUAAAAUUGCCAAAGAACAUUUCGCAGAAGCAGAAACAUCUAAUUGAGUUAUUACAAAUAUCACAA